CUCAUCACUCACCACCGCACCACACAACACCACAGCGCGCAGCUCGAUCAAUCGCGUCCGGAGCUGAGCUGAGCUGACCAGCACACACUCAAUAGCUACUAAUUAUAAUCGCAGAUGGUUUCAUGUGUGCUAGGUGCUUAGCGCAUUAGCGGCUGAUCGAGGUUGGUACGAUCGGGUGAGGUGCCACAUGUUGAGUGGACAGACGGCGAUUAGUGGUAGCAGCAGCAGCAGCCUCGCCGUCGUCGUCUUCGAGCAGGGGAGCGGGAGCCGGGAGGAGACCAGCUGGGAGCGGCAGCAGCGGGUUAUCGAGGAGGAGGAGCCGGAGUUCAGGGACAUCCACGCGGUGAGCCCGCCGCGGGCGCUGACGUCGUCGUACCGCCGGAGCCGGCCGGGGAGCAGGGACUCGUGGGGGUCCGCGGCGGGAGCAGGAGGGAGCAGGCACACGUCGAUCCGCUCCAUCGGGAGCGACACCGCCCCCAGCGAGCCCUUCCCUACUAUGAGCAGGGAGUUCUCCGCUAUGGUCGCCGCAGCAGCCAGCGUCAACGCCUCUUCCUCCGCCGCCGCAGCAGCAGCAGCUAACGGGAACGAGCAUGUAGCCAACGGCGCCGGGGACGUCGACGGGCUGGGGAGGAUCGGGGAGGAGGAGCUGGAGGAGACGAACCCGCUGGCCAUCGUGCCGGACAACAACCCCAUCCCGUCUCCGCGCCGGGCGACGACGCCGCGCCCGGUGACCGGCGGCGAGGUGGUUGUGGCCGGCGCGGGGCAGGGCGACGAGGUGUCGGUGGGGCAGGUCAAGAAGGAGGAGGUGGAGUGCAAGAUCGCCGCGUGGCAGAUCGCCGAGGUCGCCAAGGUCAACAACCGCUUCAAGCGCGAGGAGGUCGUCAUCAACGGAUGGGAGGGCGACCAGGUCGAGAAGGCCAGCGCAUGGCUCAACAAGUACGAGAGGAAGCUGGAGGAGAAGCGGGCCAAGGCGAUGGAGAAGGCGCAGAACGAGGUGGCCAAGGCCCGGCGGAAGGCGGAGGACAAGCGCGCGUCGGCGGAGGCCAAGAGGGGCACCAAGGUCGCGCGCGUGCUCGAGCUCGCAAACUUCAUGAGGGCCGUCGGGAGGGCUCCCACCAAGCGCUCCUUCUUCUGAACUGCUCUGCUCCUUCUUCUCCAUUAAUCUCCCGCCACUUCGCUUCUUUUUGUUUUUGCUCGCCGUCGUUGGAUCGUUCACCGCUUCACUUCGCCGGACCAGUGCUAUGCUGUGCUGCUCCUGCGACUGCUGCUUGCUGUGUGGAACUCUUGUUUUAGUGCUGUAUCCACAUGUCUGGUGUAUCAUUAUCAUCAUUUUUUUUCUUCCUUUCUUGUGUUUGAUAAGGUGUAUUACAAAGUGAGAAGUCAUAGCAUAAACAUGGGAGAGUGAGCUCUGCCUGCUGAGCGAGUCUUAGGGCAAGAGCUGCCUGUAUUUUGUUUUGUCAUCAAGGAUUGUGUAUGUCAAUAUGAACAAGAUAAUGCAGUGAAUUGCCGUUCUGUGUA